AUGGAGAAGAAUCUGGAGAAGGGAAUUGCUAUCAUUCGAAACCUAGCGCAGAAAUACAAAAAGACCAUUCUGCAGCGGUUAAACCCCAAGACGCAGAAAAGCAUCAACAAAAAAAAAAAAAGAAAAAAAAAACAUACAUUUAAAAACUUCCAAAAGAAACAAAAUGACAGAAAGAGAAAGGAAGAAAAAAUGAAAAAGCUAGACAAUUAUCUGAUUAACCAGGAGAACGAGCUGGAUUUCCAUGAAAACUAUUCCUUGUUUAGCAAAUUUAAUGCUAAUGCGGAUAACCUUUUUUACAAUCCCCAUGAUAAUAACAUGAAAACCCACUUAAUAAGCAAAAAAGCAGAAGGAAAAAAUGGUGAAAGUAAGGACACACCAGUUAAGGACAAUUUUCUCGAUUCUUUGAAUUCACUAAAAUUUAGAAUUAAACAGAAAAUUCAAGAAAACAACGAUCUGCUGUCUCUGCAAACACGUAAUAUGCUAAGACAGAGCAGUAAAGAACAGCUAAAAGGGAAUUCCAGCUGGGGGCCAAACAAAAUUGCUACCCCAGGGAAUAACGCCAAAAGGGCUCUUAAAAAGGCAAACGGUUUGAAUAAAGAACAGAUAGAUAAUGUAAGCACCAAAAUGAAGAAAAAUAAAAACUGGUCUGAAGCGGAAAAAACUUUUAGUGCUAAGUGCGGACAAACCUGUAGCACUUCGUUCCCUCAUCAAAUGGGAGGUAAGGAUAAGGGAGUAAGUCCACUUCCUGUUAAUUCUGGACAAAUAAUCGAUGACGCCCUUUUCCCAAAAGACGAAUUAUUUACAGAGGGGGAAAGUAACACCUUAGUGUUCGGGAAGAACAAUUUUGAAAGCAUUAACAAAAUUGUCGAAGUUUCCCUGAAGGAAAAAGAGCAAGGUAAAAAUGGAAAGAUGGGCGAAGCUGAGAGAUCAUUAUCUUCUCAAUUUAUCCAGCAAUGCAGAAAUGAGCAAACUACUCCGAACCAACUGGGGGAAUCUUGCGCAGAUGAUUUUUUUAAAGAUGAAAAUAAUAAGGACAAUCAGGUGACGCCAGAGAAGAAUUUCCAAAGUGACUUUCGAGAAGGAGGCGGAAGUCGUCUUCGAACGGCUAACCCAGACGACGUUAGCCACCCCACAGAAAACGCGCAAGGGGGAAAAGCAGGCGAGAAAAAUAUAUCCACUCGAAGUGAAGCAAACCACGAUUUAGACUUUCUGCAGGAUGAAGCAACGCCCUUAAAGGAGGACAACUGCUUUGAUUUGUUCUUUAACGAGACCAUGGCAACCCCAACCAUAUUUCAGAGGAGAAGGCAUUAG